GGUCAGCUAGUUAACUAUAUUAAAUCCGGGCGCCCCUCGUAGCGAAUCCAAAACAAUCCAUUGAGAAGCGUCAAAUAGAUCAAUACCUCUGUGUUAACGAGUUUCCACCGAAUUCGUCCGUGAUAAAAUGCAUGAUUUAGCCUUGUCGAUACUAUGGAUUUUUACCUUGCUGCUCCCGGAAGUAAUUGGUUUCCAGAAAGAGAUGACUAUUAUCAUUUCACCGGGUGGAAAAGACUGCUUCCAUGAGAAUGGUCAAGCGGGCCAGACAGUUGAUAUAGACUACCAAGUGAUUGAUGGUUCCCACGGUGAUCUGGAUAUAAACUUCGAUCUUUCGGACUCUACUGGGAGAAUCAUAUUUGCGGAUUAUAAAAAAUCUGAUAACAUUCAUCGCCACAAGCUACCACAAGACACAGAGCUAACGUUCUGUUUCAACAACGAAUUCAGUCGUAUCAAUAGUAAAACUGUGUUUUUCGAGUUAAUUAUCGAAAAAGAAGAUGAGGAUGCCGGCUGGAGUAAUUUCGAUAUUUUGGAGGGUUUGAGCCCGGAAGAGUUCUACGACAUGAAGGUGCAAGAUAUUGAAGAUAUUAUCAAGCGCGUGAGGAACAAUCUCACAAAGGCUAGACAAUUUCAGGAUAUCUUGCGUUCGCACGAAGCGCGUGAUCGUAAUAUAGCGGAGGAAAAUUACUUCAAAGUGAACGCCUGGUCCUUCUUCCAGAUUUUUAUCAUGAUUAGCGUUGGGUUUCUACAGGUGGUCAUGGUGAAAAGUCUUUUCGAUACCCAAUCCAAGGCACAUAGAAUCUGGAGUAAAAUGUGAAAUGUACAUUAUUCCUUAUGUCAAGUCUCACUUCUUACAUCGGUCUCCCAUUACACGAGUUGGUUAGCUAUCGUAAUUAAUUAUGCGAAACAUCGGUGAAAGUGCCAUAAAAAGGGCGAAGUAUAAUUAGAAGCAAAGAUAAAAUCUUAUGAAUACCAAAGCAAUUGUAAGUAAGCAUGUGAAAUCAAGAAUUGGGCCGCAUCCUGCCUGUUUUAAAUAAAACGUUCUCUCUUAUGAA